CUUUUCUAUAAGGUUUCAGUUUAAACGUUAUCGAACAUUGUCUACAGUAAUAUUCCGAAGAACACACGGAUAUAAUACUUUAAACAUUAAAGAUGAGUCAAUCCUUUGAACUCGAUACUUCGCCGCUUGAUGAAGAAACAAAAAAACUAGCUGAAGAAGAAUUGCGAGAAACACCUGAAAUUGUAGAAAAAGCAUUAGAAGAACUUAGAGAACUCCUGAAGAAUGAUCCAACAAUUUACUUCAAAGAUGAUGAUGAAACACUAAUAAUUUUCUUAAGACCAUGCAAGUUUUAUGCCAAAAGUGCUUAUGAAUUGAUGAAACGUAUUAGCGAAUUCAAAAAAAAGUAUAAGGACUCUCUAGAAAACUUAAUGCCUGAAGAUGAAAAAGAAGUGUUCAUUAAUCACAAUGUCGUAAAUGUUCUUGCGAACAGAGACCAUAAGGGAAGAAGAGUUCUGCUGGUUAAUGUGGGAGGUUCAUGGGAUACUUCCAAAGUUACAUCAGAUCAGUUAUUUCGUCUUUUCUACCUUAUACAUGAAGCUGCAGUGUUGGAACCCGAAACUCAGGUUCGCGGUGUUGUAGUUAUAAUGGAUUUUGAUAACUUAGGUAUGAGACAAAUAUCAUCUUUUACUCCAGCUUUUAGCAUGAAGUUGCUCGGUUUUAUACAAGAUGCUAUGCCAAUGAGGUUUAAAGAAGUUCACAUGGUCAAACAACCAUUUAUUUUCAAGAUGGUUUGGGCAAUUUUCAAACCUUUUAUCAGAGAAAAACUACAUAAAAGAAUUUUCUUCCACGGGAGCAAAAUGUCCAGUUUACAUAAACAUCUGGAUCCAUCACAUUUACCUGCAGACUAUGAAGGAAAACUACCCAAAAUAAACUACACUGGAGCUAAUUGGUACCCCUGUAUUGAGAAAUAUAUGGAUCAUAUACGAACAUGGAAUACAUUUGGAUAUGUGCAGAAAUAAUUUAUAAAAUUAGGUACUCUUCUCUCAUUCGUAGUUCAUUAAAAAUUUAAUUAAUAAUAAAGUAACAUUUGUAAGAAAAAAUAUAAAUAAAUGUGUGAUUUAUA